GAUCCUUGAUCCGACCUCAGCGCUAUAACCAGACCUAAGCUUUUGUAGUUUUUUUCUCCCUGCUUGGCCGCCUUUCCCUCUCACUUCGCCGCAUAGCCGCCGCUGCGGCUCGCCGGAUUUCGCCUUCCAUUCCUUUUUCGAGGCUCUUCUUUCCCUGCUUUCUCAUAAACCGAUCCUUCCCCACUUCCGAAUUCCUCCCAAAAAGUUCCAAGGAUGUCUCGGAUCUGCGUGAAGAAUUUGCCCAACUACGUCAAAGAGGACCGUCUCCGGGAGUUUUUCUCCCAGAAGGGGGAGGUCACCGAUGCCAAGCUCAUGCGCACCAAAGAUGGGAAGAGUAGGCAGUUUGCUUUCAUUGGGUUCCGAACUGAGAAGGAAGCUGAAGAGGCCCUCAAGUACUUCAACAACACCUACAUGGAUACUCGCAAGAUCAUGUGCGAGAUUGCUCAUAAAGUUGGUGAUCCAAAUAUACCUAGCCCAUGGAGUCGUUAUUCUGCAAAGAAAGGUAGUGAAGGCAACAAAGAUAUCAUUGCUGUUGAAGCUAAAAGUUCAGUCAUCAAAAAUUCGAAAGGCCUAGGAUCCUCAACUGAUGUGUCCAAAAACUCCAAGGAGGGAGAAAAUAAUGAUCCCAAACUUCAAGAGUUUCUUCAGAUCAUGCAGCCACGUGUUAAAUCAAAGCUGUGGGCAAAUGAUACAUUGGGUGGUAUCCAACUUAUUGAAAAAGAUGAAAGAGGUGCCGAAAAAGAAGCUCAGCCACCCAAGAGUAAAAGAAAUGAAUCAGCUAAACUGAAGGUUCAGGUCAUUGAUGGGAGUAAUGGGGAAAAUGGGGUAGCCCAUGGGACUACAUCAGUUCACAUACAGAAAGGGGCUUCUGAAACAUCAACUGAACAAUCAAAUGAAAUUGCACAAUAUGAUGUCAUGACAGAUAUGGAUUAUUUUAAGAGUAGAAUUAAGAAAAAUUGGUCAGAUUCAGAAACUGAUAAUGAGGAUUCAAGAAGCGAGGAAGAUUCCAAAUGUGAAUCAGAGUCUGAAUCUGAUGAUGAGAAAUCAUUCGAAACGCGAGAGGUUGAUGCAAAAGGUCGAACUGUCCAAACAGAUGGUAGCACUCCUGCUGGACACAACCAAGUUGAAGUAGAAAAUGAGACUUCUUUAGAAGAUUCUGAGGGGGAAACUGAUGACAAUGAGAACCCAACAUCAUCACUUAGUGAUGAGAAAAAACAGGCAUUGGACACUGGCCGCCUGUUUAUCCGCAACCUUCCAUACACAACAACCGAAGAUGAGUUGAUGGAGCUCUUUGGUCAGUUUGGUGAUAUUUCACAGGUCCAUCUUGUGGUUGACAAAGAUACAAAACAAUCCAAAGGCAUUGCCUAUGUACUGUACACACUACCAGAAUCUGCCGUCAGGGCAUUAGAAGAAUUAGAUAACUCUAUCUUCCAAGGCAGAUUGUUACAUGUUUUGCCUGCAAAACCACAAAAUCCAUCUACUCAGAAGCUUGAGUCGGAUCAUGCAACUAUCAAAAAGACUUUCAAGCAGCAACGGGAGGAACAAAGGAAGGCGUCUGAAGCUAGUGGUGAUACACGAGCAUGGAAUAGUUUGUUCAUGCGCCCAGACACAGUUGUUGAAAACAUAGCUAGAAAACAUGGCAUCAGUAAAAGUGAUCUCCUCGAUCGAGAAGCAGAUGAUCUUGCUGUACGUAUUGCACUUGGAGAAACACAUGUGAUAGCACAGACCAAGAAUGCUCUAUCUAAUGCUGGAGUUAAUAUCAUUGCAGUGGAAGAAUAUGCUUCUAAGAAGACUGACAAUAUCAAAAGAAGCAACCAUGUAAUAUUGGUUAAGAAUUUACCUUACAGUUCUUGUGAAGGGGAUCUUGUUAAUUUGUUUGGGAAAUUUGGAAGUCUGGACAAAGUAAUUCUCCCACCGACCAGAGUAUUGGCCUUGGUUAUUUUUCUUGAAGCAGCUGAAGCUCGUGCUGCAUUCAAGGGUUUAGCAUACAAACGAUACAAAGAUGCUCCACUAUAUUUGGAAUGGGCCCCUGCCGAUAUUUUAUCUCCUAACCCUACAUCAGAGAGUGAGGAACAAAAAAAUGUAGUUGGUGAACAAAAUGUUAAGAAGGUUUUACUGGAGCAAAGUGUGGAAGGUUUACCAGAAGAAGAUAUAGAUCCUGACAGAGUGGAGUCGCGAUCAUUGUUUGUGAAGAACCUGAAUUUCCAGACAUCCGAUGAAUCUUUGAAAAAACAUUUUAGUGAUAAUAUGAAGAGUGGAUCUAUAAGAAGUGUAAAAGUGAAAAAGCACAUUAAAAAUGGGAAGAAUGUCUCCAUGGGUUUUGGUUUCAUUGAAUUUGAUUCUGUGGAGACGGCAACCAAUGUAUGCAAGGAUUUACAGGGAACUGUUCUGGAUGGGCAUGCUCUUAUCUUGCAACUAUGUCAUGCCAAGAAAGAUGGUCAAGUUCUAAAGAAGGAUGAGAAAGACAGGAGUUCCACUAAACUGCUUGUUAGAAAUGUGGCAUUUGAGGCAACAGAAAAAGAUUUAAGGCAGUUGUUUAGUCCAUUUGGCCAGAUCAGAAGAUUGAGGUUGCCAAUGAAGUUUGGUAGUCACAGAGGUUUUGCAUUUGUGGAGUAUGUUACAAAGCAGGAGGCACAGAAUGCUUUAAAAGCUCUUCCAAGCACACAUCUCUACGGCCGUCAUCUGGUCCUGGAGCGAGCAAAAGAGGGAGAGAGCUUGGAAGAAUUAAGAGCAAGAACUGCUGCCCAAUUUGUGGAUGAAAAUAAUGGAUUUCAAAAGCUGUCAAAAAAAAGAAAACACAUGACCGUUGUUGACGAAGGCAAUGUCAAAUUUGCAAGGAUAAUAGACUAACAGUGUUUAUCUAGUUGCAUCACUCCGAGGUUAAUCACCUUAAAAUUUUGUUGUAUAUCUCUAGUUUCUUUUUUCUGUACAGGAGGCACAGCAAUCAUAUAGCAUGGUGCCCCAUAGUAGUUACUCCGGCAAAGUUUCUUGCUGUUAAGUUUUGACAGAAAUCAUGGCCCAAACAUUCAGGUGAAGCUUUUGGCUCCAUUUUGUUUCUUUCAUUAAAAGUGAUUGCUGUGCAAUUGAGAUCCCAUAUCGGUCUACUGGAGGGAGUGCUACCCAGUUUGUCUAGCACAUUGGUGCCCUAUGGGCCUGUCUAAGAACCAUUUGAACAGGAAAAAUGCAAAGCUAUAGAGAUGUUAAUGGAUAUUUGAUUGUACAUGGAGAGGAGAGGCGUUUGGGAAUGGUAUUUACAUGUAACAAGUUGCUUUAUGGCUAUUCUAACAAGCAAGCAGUCAACAACCUUGAAGAGUUGAAUCGUUCAUGCUGAAGUUGCAAUUUUGUACAAUCCACAAGACAAUAUUUUUGUCCAUUUUACCAGCUUGUUACGAGGU